CGCUCUUCCUGCUGGGAGUGGCUCAGGUGGAGCCGCCGAUAAGUAACACCCGGAAAGAAGGCAGCGGCUCGGGAGCUCCGUGUGCUGCCCGGCGCCAGGAAUGGCCGAGCGCUGGCUCCUGCCCCUCUGCUCCCUCCUGGCUGCCCUCCUGCCUGCAGCCCUGAGCUCCAACGGAGGCCAAGCCUGUGACUGCAACGGGAUGUCCCGGCAGUGCAUCUUCGACUGGUACCUGCUGAGGGAGACGGGGAACGGGUACCGCUGCCUCGGCUGCCUGGGCAACACGGAGGGCGCCCGCUGCGAGCGCUGCAAGGAAGGCUUCUUCCGCCGGCGCGACCGGGACUGCUGCCUGCCCUGCCGCUGCCACCCCCACGGUUCCCUCAGCCCACAGUGUGACAGUGAUGGCUGGUGCAGCUGCAAACCUGGCGUGACGGGCAAGAAGUGUGACCAGUGCCAGCCAGGCUUUGAGUCCCUCUCUGAGGCUGGGUGCCAGAGGAUCGGGCAGAGCCUGCAGUGUGAGUGUGACCCGGCUGGCAGCACCGGCAGCUGCUCCUCUGGCCUCUGUGUCUGCAAGGCGAGCACCACUGGGGAGCGGUGCCAGAGGUGCAAGAGGAACUUCUACAACCUGGAUGCCAGAAACCCUGCGGGAUGCUCCCCAUGCUUUUGCUAUGGCCACUCCACUGCCUGCGUCGGCGACGAUAACUACAGCGUCUACAACAUCACCUCCACCUUCCAGAGAGGUGCUGAAGGCUGGCGAGGUGUCCAUGAAAGUGGCUCCCCAGCCCAACUCCAGUGGUCCCCACGCCAUCAGGAUGCCUUCAUAGCGGCGAGGAGAUCGGAGCCCAUAUACUUCAUGGCACCUGCAAAAUUCCUUGGGAACCAGCAGCUGAGCUAUGGCCAGACACUCUCCUUCGACUACCGCCUGGACCGAGGGGGACGCCACCCAUCGCCACAUGAUGUGGUCCUGGAAGGAGAUGGCCUGAGAAUCACAGCCCCCUUCUUGCCCCAGGAGAAGAUCCUGCCCUGUGGUGUCAGCCAUACAUACACAUUCAGGCUGGAUGAGCACUCAAGUAGCCAGUGGAUCCCGAGGCUGAAUCACUUUGAGUAUCGCAGGCUGCUGGGGAACCUGACAGCUCUCUGGAUCAGAGCCACCUUUGGGGAGUACAGCACCGGCUACAUCGACAACGUCACCUUGGUGUCAGCACGGCCUGUGGCUGGAGUCCCUGCUCCUUGGGUGGAACGCUGCGAGUGCCCAGAAGGCUACCAGGGCCAGUUCUGCGAGAGCUGUGCCCCUGGCUACCGCAGGGACAUCCCCAGCAUGGGGCCCUUCAGCACCUGUGUGCCCUGUGAGUGCCAAGGGGGAGGAAUCUGUGACCCCAACACCGGUGAAUGCUACUCAGGAGAUGAAAACGUGGGCAAUAUUGUCAGCUGCCCCUUCGGCUUCUACCGAGACCCCCAGCAGCCCUACAUCUGCAGCCCAUGUCCCUGCAGCAAUGGCCAAGGCUGCUCAGUGAUGCCUGGUGGUGAGGAAGUCAUCUGUGACCACUGUCCCCCUGGAGCUACUGGAGCCGAUUGUGAGUACUGUGCUGAUGGCUACUUUGGAGACCCAGCAGCUUCCCGGCCCUGCCAGCCAUGUCAGUGCAACGGCAACGUGGAGCCCAACGCCGUGGGCAACUGCGACCGCCGGACGGGAGAGUGCCUCAAGUGCCUCUACAACACUGCCGGCUUCUACUGCCACCGCUGCAAGGAUGGCUUCUUCGGCAACGCCCUGGCCCCAGACCCUGCCCACAAGUGCCGAGCCUGUGAAUGCAACUCGCUAGGGGCUGAGCCCCUGAAGUGCAGGAGUGAUGGGAGCUGCAUCUGCAAGCCUGGUUUUGAAGGUCUCAACUGUGAAGAGAGUGAGUGCCCUGCUUGCUACGACCAGGUGAAAGCCCAGGUGGGCCUGUACCUGCAGCAGCUGUCAGAGCUGGAGCUGCUGUUCUCAGAGGUGCAAGCCGGUGGUGGGGCUGGGAGUCAAGAGCUGGAGCAGAGGAUGCAGCUGGCUGAGGAGAUGCUGAGGACCAUCCUUGGGGAAGCCCUGAGCCUACAAGCCUCUGACAGGUCUCUGGAAAGCCGUGUGGCCAGGAUGAAGGGACAAGGGUCCAGCUCCCAGAGCCGCUUGGAUGAGGUCAAGGCGACAGUGGGGAGGCUGCAGUCUCUUGGAAGCCAGUACGAGAGGCAGGUGCGGGAGACCCAGCAGCUGCUGGAGAGAGCCAAGCUGGACCUGGACCGCAGCGGAGCUGCCCUGCGUCGAGUGUCUGUUCCUGUUUCAAAUCUUCCCGGGGGCUCCAAUCAGUUCUUGAUGAUGGUCCAGGAGGCUCUGAGGCUGGCCAACAGCCACUCCCAAGCUGCCAGUACCAUUGAGCAAGCCGCGAAGACAGCGUGGGAGGAUGCACGGCAGGCGCUGGAGCUGGUGCGUGCAGCUGCUGGUGGAGAGGAGGCUGCUGCCAGCUCCCUGCAGGGGCUGCUCGGGACGUAUGAAGAGCUGAAGUCACUGUCUGGAGGCUUGAAGGCUGAAGCUGAUGGCAUGGCCUCUGAGGCAGAUAAGGCUUAUCAGGCCAGCCUGGUGCUCCUCAGCUCCCUGUCCCGCCUGAUGAAGACCAACAUUGGAUCCUUUGAGGGGGAGGCCACCCAGCUGAAGCAGGAUGUCAGCACUCUCCUGAGCACGGUGGACACCUACAUGGCACAGUACAGGCAGCUGCAGAGUCGCACAGGGCGCUGGGAGGAGGACAUCAAGCAGCUGCUGCAGAGGGGAGAGGGCGAGAGAGCGAUGCUGACACAGCUGCUGUCCCGAGCCAGCCUUGCCAGGAGCACAGCCCUGCAAGCUGUGGGUGCUGGCAAUGCCACCUUCUAUGAGGUGGAGCAGAUCCUGAAGAGCCUCCGGGAGUUCAACCUGCAAGCAGAUGAUAAAAGAAGAGAAGCAGAAGAUGCUAUGAGGAGGCUACCAAUUAUCAGCAGCAUGGUGGCAAGUGCCAAGGAGAAGACAGGCCGAGCUGAAGGGAUUCUGGGCAGUGCCACUUCUGAAUCCAAGGCAGCCAGCAGUGCAGCAGAGGAAGCAAAGGAGAUCACCAUGGGGAUCCAGCAGGAGAUCACACGGCUGAAGGUAGAAGCCAACAAGACAGCUGAUGGUGUCCUCACCCUGGAGAAGGCAGUGGCCACCCUGCAGCGUCAGGCCAAGGAAGCGGAUGGUGAAUUUGAGAGGAAGCUCUCAGAGGUUGAGGCAGAUGCUGCUGCAAUACAGGAGACAGCUCAGGAGGCUCAGGCAGCUCACGCCAAGGCUGGCCGGGCAGGAUCAGCCGUGCAGGAGACACUGAGUGGCCUGGAAGAGCUGCUGCGUCUUAUGAACCAGCCUGGUGCCGUGGAUGAGGCUGGGCUGGAGCAGCUGGAGAUGAACUUCAGCAAAGCCAAGGGCAGGAGCAGGCAGCUGAAGGAUGCGAUGCUGGCGCUGGAGCAGACAGCUGCGCUGCAGAGGGCGCGGGUGCAGGCUCUGGAGAGCAGCACCGACCAGAUCCUGGCGGACAUUAAGAACCUGGAGGAGAUCCAGAGGAGCCUGCCUACAGGCUGUUACAACACAAAAGCCAUCGAGCUGCCCUGAGCCGGCUCUGCAAAGGCUGCAGCAGCUGCCAGGCUGGGAAGGCAGCAGAUGCUGGCCCAGCUGCCCUCCCCGAGCCUGGCAGGACCAGUUGUGUCUGGUAGUGCUGAACUGAUCCUCGCCCUCGAGGUCAGCGUGGUGGCUGAAGUCCACAUCCUUAUGCUGCCCCCUCCCGGAGGCUUCCCCUUUCCCCAAGCAGUCUGUCCCCUGGGCACAGGGGGAAGAUGCCUGCUUGUGAAGGUGCUGCUGACUGCAGAACAUCCCGUUCCUACAGCAUUCCAGAGGGGCAGGCAGGGACUGCAGAACAUCCCAUUCCUACAGCAUUCCAGAGGGGCAGGCAGGGACUGCAGAACAUCCCAUUCCUACAGCAUUCCAGAGGGGCAGGCAGGGACUGCAGAACAUCCCAUUCCUACAGCAUUCCAGAGGGGCAGGCAGGGACUGCAGAACAUCCCAUUCCUGCAGCAUUCCAGAGGGGCAGGCAGGGACUGCAGAACAUCCCAUUCCUGCAGCAUUCCA